AUGGUCGUCUGUACUUUCUUUCAGCAAGGCAGAUGUAGAUUUGGAGAACGAUGCAAGUUUGAACAUCCUGGCCAGCAGACAGCAGGGUCUAGCAAUCGAUUUGGAGCCCUCGCUCCCGGAGGAGGGUUCGGAGUAAGCAAAGGUCGUUCUGCGCCUCAAGCUCAGCAACCUGUCAACUAUGGCAUUACUGCGGAGGAUAUCAAAGUCGACUUGACUGCUGGUAAAGGACUGCCAGAAUGGAUACUCUCUGCCUAUGGACCCGGCCGAAACGCCCCAAGGCAGCUGUUCGGUGGCCCUCAGCGAGAGCAGAGCUUUGAAGAACUACGAUUACGGCAUUACGAAGCUAUGGCAGCAGGAAAAGUUGAGGUCGCAGUCCAAGAAGCUCAAGCUUUGUACGCAGAGUCGGUAAAGCAGAUGGAGGUUGCUUUAAAUGAUGUCGAUGGUGCUAUCAAGUACAUUCUCGACGGCAUCAACGAACAUCCGAAUCGGAUCGACAUUACGGAGGGAAAGGCAGGCCCUGCUGCUGGUCAGGGUCCUUCCCCGUUUAGUCAACCAUCACCAUUCGGUCAAUCAGCUGCCGUGGCACAAAUGUCUGCCUUUGGCCAGCCUUCGGCAUUAGGCGGCGCGGGUGCCUCAGCCUUUGGCAAGCCGGCUGGAAUUGGGCAACCAUCGGCCUUCGGUCAACCCUCUACUCUAGGGCAAACGCCUGGCUUUGGACAACCUAGUGCUUUGGGUCAAGGUUCCCCGUUUGGAAAGCCCUCAGCGCUUGGGCAACCUGCAUUCGGGAAACCGGCAUUCGGUCAACCAAGCUUUGGCCAGCCUGCUUUUGGCCAGCCGUCAGCGCCAGGAACAGGGACAGGGACAGGAGCAUUCGGUCAGCCAAGUACCACAUCUCCGUUUGGUCAGAUAUCGAGUCAAAAUCAGGGGCAAGGCGGCGGGUUCGCUCAGGCUGCUGGAGCAGCGACUACCUCCCCGUUUGCACAAGCUGCUGGUGGCCAACAGCCUGUGGCGCCUGCUGGAUUUGGUCAACUUUCGACAACGACACAAACGUCAGCAACCCCCUUUGGGCAGCCUGUACAGGCGCCAUCGCCCUUCGGACAGCCUCAAGCACCGUCAGCUCCUUUUGGCCAACCCGCUGCAGCCCCAAGCCCCUUCGGAGCUGCGGCUCAACAGGCGGCUCCGUCCCCUUUUGGUCAACCUGCUGGAGGUUUUGGUCAAGCAGCUCAAGCAGCUCCAACAACCGCAGCACCUGCUCCUACACCGAUCGCAGGCACCGGCCCUCCCCCAGCGAUCAAGGUUGAUGAUCCGAAUGAGUUGAGCCCGAUUCCACCUCUAAGUGGGCAGACGGUCAAGGACCCCAUGACGCAGAGACUAUCAAUGUGGAAGGGUCAACCCGUGAGGUACAUUGACAACGUCCCUUGCUAUCUUCAUCCUCAAGACCGUCAAACCUAUGUUCGCAUCUUUUUCCCGGAUGGACCGCCCGAUCAAGCGAGCCUGAGAGAUGCGCACGGCAAACCGGAAGAAUACACACCGGAAGUCACUGAGCAAUAUGAGUUUUUCUUGAAGAAUGGCUACUUCAAAGACGGCGUUAUACCCAGCGUGCCUCCCAAAUCUGAGUGGGUGAGCUUCGAUUUUUGA